AUGGGGGAGCUCAAGAUACUGAGACUGAGACCCACCCACAUACUGCGCUUCUUCCGUGCCUCCCUGAGACUCCUUCAUGCUGAGGAGUGUCAAAACUACAUCCGGGUGUUGCUUGUCAACAAGACAGAGGUGAUCACCUGCGGUACCAAUGCCUUCCAGCCCCUUUGCAUCACCAGAGAGGCAGGGAACAUGAGCAGAGUGUUGGAGAGGGUGAACGGAGUGGCCCGCUGCCCCUAUGACCCACGUCAUAAUUCGACGGCUGUGGUGACCGAAAGCGGAGAGCUGUAUGCCGCCACGGUCAUCGAUUUCUCCGGCCGGGACCCUGUCAUCUACCGCAGCCUAGGAGGAAUGCCGCCUCUGCGGACCGCCCAGUACAACUCCAAAUGGCUUAAUGAGCCUCACUUCAUCUCGGCUUACGACGUGGGUCUUUUCACCUUCUUCUUCUUGAGGGAAAACGCAGUGGAACACGACUGCGGUAAGACGGUGUACUCGCGGGUGGCGCGGGUGUGUAAGAACGACAUAGGGGGCCGCUUCUUGCUAGAAGACACGUGGACCACCUUCACAAAGGCCAGACUCAACUGCUCACGGUCGGGAGAGAUCCCCUUCUACUACAAUGAACUACAGAGCACCUUCUACCUGCCCGAACAGGAUCUCAUCUAUGGCAUCUUCACCACCAACGUGAACAGCAUUGCUGCCUCUGCAGUUUGCGCGUACAACCUCAGCGCAAUCACGCAGGCUUUCAAUGGGCCCUUCCGCUCCCAGGAGAACCCUCGCUCCACGUGGCUGCCCACCUCGAACCCCAUCCCUAACUUUCAGUGUGGGACCAUAGAGGAAGAAGGGCCUAAUGAAGGACUGACUGAACGCAGUCUGCAGGACGCUCAGCGGCUCUACCUCAUGAAUGACGUGGUUCAGCCUGUUUCUGUGGACCCGCUGGUUUGGCAGGAUGAUGUGCGGUUCUCUAAGUUGGUUGUUGACAUUGUACAGGGGCAGGAUACUUUGCACCACGUCAUGUACAUAGGCACAGAGUAUGGAACUAUUCUUAAGGCCCUGGCAACCACUAAUAAGAGCCUGCAAGGUUGCUACUUGGAGGAGAUGCAACUCUUCCCUCCUGCUCUGCGGGAGCCAAUCCUGAGUCUUCAGAUUCUCCAUGGCGACAGGACUCUUUUUGUGGGCCUGAAUGACAAAGUGCUGAAGAUCCCUCUGGCGAGGUGCUCCAGCUUCAAAACAGAACUGAUGUGUUUGGAUGCAAGAGACCCUUACUGUGGUUGGGACCGAAAGCAGCGCCGUUGCACCACCAUAGAAGACAGCUCCAACAUGAGCCAGUGGUUCCAGAACAUCACUGCCUGUCCGCUGAGAAACCAAACCACAGAUGGCGCAUACGGGCCCUGGGCUCCAUGGCAACCCUGUAGCCACGAUGACGGCGAAGGCACCAGCACGUGUCUUUGCCGAUCACGGGCUUGCGAUAGUCCGCCCCCUCGCUGCGGAGGUAAAAACUGUGAGGGUCCCACCAUUGAGGUGUCCAACUGUUCAAGGAAUGGAGGUUGGACUCCCUGGUCGUCCUGGGGCCAGUGCAGCACAAGCUGUGAGAUUGGGUUUGAAGUCCGCCAGCGAUCCUGUAACAAUCCUUCGCCCAGGCAUGGCGGCCGAGUGUGUGUGGGGCAAAGCAGAGAACAGAGGUAUUACAACGAGAAGAAUGAGCUUCACGUGCGUCUUAAGAGGAGAAGUAAUGUCGCCUGUGCAUGAGGAAUGAGCAACUAGAUGAUAUCAUCUCUUUGUCAAACUUCCACAUUGCAGGAGUACCAGGCAUGUAAUCUGGAGUCCUGUCCGGAGGUGCGCCGAAACACCCCAUGGACCCCUUGGGUCCCAGUGAACAUAACCCAGGGAGGGGCACGGCAGGAGCAAAGAGUACGCUACAUCUGCCGGGCCCAACUGGCUGACCCUCAUGAGCUUCAACUGGGCAAGCGUAAAGUAGAGACACGCUUCUGCCCUAAUGACGGGACGGUAACCUGCGAUACAGACUCUCUCGUUGAGGAGCUUCUCAAGACGCCUGGUGUACGACUGACAAGCUCUGGCUGGUCAUCGUGGGAGAUGUGGUCAGCUUGCACUCAGGAGUGUGCCAAAGGCUACCGCUCUCGCAAACGCACCUGCACCAGCGCAGAGGGCAAAAGCGUUCCCACUGCCUGCCGGGGAUCUCCAGUAGAAUAUCAGGAUUGCAAUCCUCAGCUCUGUCCAGUUAACGGCGCCUGGUCUUGCUGGUCAUCAUGGUCGCAGUGUUCGGUGCCCUGUGGAGGUGGGCACUAUCAACGAACGCGCACAUGCACCAGCCCUGCCCCUGCCAAUGGAGGGGACAUCUGCAUUGGCUUGCACACAGAGGAGGCUCUUUGCAACACGCACACUUGUGAUGGUGGGUGGAUGGCCUGGUCGUUGUGGUCUGAGUGCGAUGACUCGGGCCUGCAGCUGCGCAGUCGAGUGUGCGGGGCUCAAUCCACACCAUGUGUGGGAAACAGCUCCCAGCACCGAGACUGCAAUGAGAUCCCAGCCAUUCUCCCGGCAUCUAGCUAUGAAAAGGACCAGCAGUGUGGGGGGUUCACUCUGCUUCACCUGAUAGCUACAGGUGUGUCAUGCUUCCUGGGUGCUGGUCUGCUGUCCUUCCUGGUGUAUGUGUACUGUCAGCGGUUCCACAAGCCCUCGCAGGAGUCUGCUGUCAUCCAUCCCACCACUCCCAACCACCUCAACUACAAGGGCAACACCACACCAAAGAAUGAGAAAUACACACCCAUGGAGUUUAAGACUCUGAAUAAGAACAAUUUGCUGCCGGAUGAGAGGACCAACUACUUCCCUUCACCGCUUCAGCAGACGAACGUGUACACCACCACAUACUACCCCACAGCUCUGGGCAAAUAUGACUACCGGCCAGACUCCUCGCCGUCUCCUUGCAGAACCUAUAACCACAGCUGAGACACGUGUCCCAUCCGUAGCUUUAUCGCCAUCUCCUAAACGCCUCCACUUUCGCCACCCACACACUCUGCACCCAAUGAGGUGCUUAUUCCAACAUUCCAGCCAAUUUUUCCCCUAAGAUCUCUCCCCUGAGGACCGUGUCACCUAAGUCACGCCUUACGGUGUCCGACGGGGGAAAAGUCCAGUGAUUCAAACAGCACUUUUUAAAGAUUGUGUAGCUACACUGACUUUGAUAAACUGAUGUCUCGAUUGAUCGCUGCAGAACUCCCGUUACUGGAAAGAGGUUUUGCUGAAGCUCAAGGUGCGAAGACAAAAUUGCUCUGGCAUUCCGUACCACUCCAACAAUAUCCAUUACAGGAAAUGCAAUCUGCCGCACUGUGGCAGUUCUUUUUGAAACUACAGAAGAAGAAUAGGCGGACACCAGACAAAAGAGAGCAAUCAAUGGUGACAUUAUUAGGUUUGGUUAGAAUGGCGGAAUUGUUACCUUUGGAUGCAAAUGUAAGGACAUCCCACUGACUUCCGACCUUUGACGGGCAAAUCUCUGACAAAAGAGGAUGGGUUGCAGGAUCAAUGCAUCUCCUGGGUGAACUCUUCAGAUACGAGUUCAGAAGCAAGCUGCAGAAAAAAGAACAGCUUAAAAUAGGAUUCUAUUCAGAAAGUACUCUUAUCAGAACUGAAAUAUAGAUUUUUUUAGCACGUUAAAAGGCCAGAAGAAUGCGUCAUUAUUUCCCUGAAAAGUCUUGCGAAUGCAUGGGAAUCGAGGAAUAUUGCACCAACAUGGAAUAUGCUUAGAUCUGAAGCAAACAUGUUCUACUCUCUUACUGUAAGUCCCGGUGGUCAUAUUAAAUAUGACUGGGUUCAAACUGAGAUGGACUAUAUUUUAUUAUGAAAAAAAAUGUAGGAAAUACUGAUAGCUUGGCACUUGUUUUAUACAAUGAUUUUAAAGAGGGAAUUAUUCAGCAGUUGUAGGAUAGAUGGACAAUAGAGUUUAUUUAAGAUAGGAGUUCAAACAUUGAUGGAGUUAUACUGAACAUUUCAUAUAUUAUUUUUUAUUAUUGUUUCCAGAUGGUAUAUUCCUAACCACCAUCACAUUCAUCAGAGAUACGAGUGAAGGUGUACACCGUUAUAUGAGCAUCAUAUAUUCAUGAAAUUGCCUAGAGAGUCAACUUACACAGAAAUGAUCAAUGGAUCACUGUCUUCGUCACAUCGAACAAUAUCUAAAAAAUGAAUCUUUGUGCAGCACUAUGUGCUCAACUCAGAUUUUAUUUUGCCCAUGUGUUGACAUGCUUCCCAGCGGCAUCACGCCCACAUUCCAGAAUCAACUCAACAGUUAUCGAUAAAAGCGAUUCAGGAACGGCAACUCUCAUCGGGAUAUAGUAUUUAUGGUAUUUCUUGGUUUCUAAAGGGCAUUGAAAACGAAACUAAGCUAUUUUACCAUGCUCGUUUAAUGAAUGCUAAGCCAGCCAUGCUUUCAGCUAAGCAUGAGUACAUGGGUUGUAAAUAAGUGAUGUCCCACAGCGAAAAAAAUUAAUGCCACACAAAGGUUAGUAUAAUGUACAUGUAUAUUGUAAAGCUAACACUGUUUUUUAAACGCCUUAUAGUUGUAAAAUAAUAUGUGCAGCAGCUGUGUAAAUAUACCAACCGUAGGGGGGAUGGAGCCUGUCAGUGUCCAGAGAUUGACUGCAAGAGAGAGACCAUCUUGUGGACCGACCCUGAUCGAUAACUUCAACGAGUAUUCAUUAGAGUCCCUACAAAACUUUUAGAGUGUUUGUACUUUUAUUCAUCUGUUCAUAAUUCAUAUGAAUUGAUUUUUGCCAUUCAUGACAAGGUUCACAAAAUUAACAUGAAUUACGUUGUUUCAAUAUCAUACUCAAAUACGGUCUUUAAUUGUUUUGAUGCUGUUGGAUCCUGUUCAAAAUAUUUAAUGGGGAUUUUUUUUAUCUUCAAGAUGCUUGCAUACUGAGCCUUUUCAUUGAAAAAAAUAAAUCUACCGAGGAGUCCAAAAAUCUGAGAGCAUUACUGAAAAUGUUCCUAUUUUUAUUGCAAA